AUGGGCCUGAGCCACUCCAAGGCUCACCCUAGGGUGAUCAAAGUGGCACCUUUGCAAAACCAAGAGGAAGAGACUCCCUCGGCUGGCCCUGCAGACUUUGCAUUAGAUCAGAAUCUGGAAGAAAAGAGUUCAUACUCGUUGGCUAGACUGCAGGACUGGAAUAAAGGUUUGGAAGAGCAGCUGCCACCUCUACGAGAAACCUGGUAUGGAAGAUACUCUGCAGAAUCCAGGGCCAUGUAUUUUGACAUCCCACUGGAACAGGCAGAAACAAGUAUUAUUAAAAGGCAUCCACCCCGAAGACUUCAAAAGCUUGAACCCAUGGACCUGCCUCAAGUAAUUACCUACAAAAGCCUCCUGAGCCAGCAAGAAGCCAGAACAACUCACAAGACAAAGCAGGAACUGGAAAAGAAAAUGCAAACUCCAAUAUAUACUUCUGGAAAAAGACAAUAUUUGCAUAAGAUGCAAAUGCUGGAAAUGAACCGUAAAAGACAAGAGGACCAAAUGGACUUGAAAAACAGUCUUCACAGGGAGGCAAGAAUUAAUAAGCAAAAACUGAAGGACCAUAAAGCCAAGAAAAUCCUACAAAGCAUUCCAAAGGAUGAUGACCAUAACCUUCUAACCACAUUGCCUGAUGAAACCUUGAAAAGAGAUCCAGGAAGUUUACAGAAUGCAGAAUUUUUGGAACAUCAAGCAGGGAAUAACUAUUGCCCCCAGAAAACUGGCAAAAUGGAAACAUGGCUCCAUGAACAAGAAGUCCGGGGACAGCUUCUCUGGGACAGUUCUAGUUCUGACUCAGAUGAGUUGGGGAAAGAUGUGAAGAAACCAAGAGCACUGGUGAGGACUAGGACAGAGAGAAUCCCACUUUUUGAUGAGUUUUUUGAUCAAGAAUAG